AUGCCAGGCGCCAAGAAUAACAAACCUCCCGGUCCGGCACAAUGGGUUGGUGGUCAGCGACGCAAGCUUGUCCGCCGAAACCGUUCGAACGCAGGACCACCACGAUCGAGCACCAUGCCUGUGUUGAGCCUGGACUCGGCUGCUGCCAGCUUAGUGAGCAGCAUCAGCAGUGCGGGCUCAUACUAUGUAAAAGACAGACAGUCGGAAGAUAGCUUCGAUCGACACAUGUACAACACCGUUCAGGAGCUUGAAGAGCGCGAAGAAACGAUGCAGUUGUACCCUCCGACUGGUGCGGUGAAACCCGGCCCACCCUACACACCCUUCGCAGAUGGCCCAGCCGCAUCAUCGCCUAAUCUCACAGCCACCGACCCUAAGAAGAAGCACGGCUUGUUUGGCGGUAAAAGGCCAAAGCCCACGACCCCCAACCAACCAAAGACAUCGUCGAGCACUUCAGUGGUAACAUCGCCUCUACCAGUCAGCACACCGUCCAAAGCUGCAAAGUUCUUCGGUCUCGAGGCCAAGUCUUCAGUCACAGAAAGCCCACGUCGCAUUCAGCCUCAGGAUGAUACCGCUAGUGACGAUGGGGCUCCGCUAGGUGUCGAUCGCCAGACUAAGCACAAGAAAGAAGAUGUCGAGCCUGACGAGCCACCUAAGACCUCCAAAACUGCCACCAAAGGGCUGCGUAUGCUCAUUCCAGAGUUCUCAGGCCCAAGACGAUCGCCAGUCGAGCAGACAAAGGCUGAUGCUACGUGCUUCGACCUCGGUGAGAAGGAUGGAGAUGUUGGCUGCACCGGUGACAGCCAUGAAGAGGUACGAUUCCGAAUUCCUGCCGCGCCGCAUCCUGCACGUACCGCAUCGAGGAGCAAGGCUGCUCGUAGGAAGCCACUAAACGCGAAGGACUUUCCGCGUAUGUCGCCUAUAACAGAGGCCUCAUUCGAAUCACUGCGCCCCGCCUACCGCGAGGGUGAAGAUGUGACUGAGCUGGGCGCCAUCUCGGAGUACGAUUACGAAGAUCCUCCGCCUCUACACAGCGCCCCAGUGCUGCCUUGCUUUAGCCAUCAGGAAUCGACACUACCUGGUCGCGAUAAGUUUGAGCUGGACGAAGCUGACUUAUCGCCUACGGAAGAGUUUUACGAAAAGGAAGCGACCGAUGAGGAUGAAGAUGUCGUGCACCCUGGGACCAAGGUCAAGGUCAAGCGAGUACACUGGCAGCAGGGUAUGGCUGCACAUUUCCGGAGCCCUCUGCAGACCGCCGAGGACGCUUGGCUCGAUGCGACCGAGGAGGAGAUGCGACUUGAAGCUCGGAAAAUGACAAUUGCUGGAGUCGAAGCGAAAAGACAGACAAUCGAUGAUGAGCUUGCUGAGCUGAAGGGCAAACACGGGCAGUUCAAACUCGAGUUCGCCAGCGGCAGCAACGUAGGGAGUAUCAAUACCCAGCCGAAGUCUAUACCUGAUGAUGACAGCGAGGGAGAUGAUACAGAUCUGGUGUCGCUGUGCAGUAGCAUCGACCUCGACGAAGAGCCUACAGUGCAUCAGGCAAAGUUGAUGACUUCAACUAGAAUCACGCCUGGAAUGAUAAAACUUGUCGACAUUCCACCCCGGAAGAAGAAGCCAGUAGCCCACGUUGAGAGUAAGGUUUCUGUUCCUGACAAGAUUGCCCCUGUCGAGCAACAGAAGAGCAUCACGGCUUGUGCACGCUCUGAGAACAUGCUGCCGCCAAGCCCUGUGGUCACUCACUACCACAACGACGACCCAGACCGUAGCACCAAGCCGAAGAAAUCAAAGCUGACACGCGACGAAUCUCGUUUGCUGGUGCAGAACUGGGUCUCGGACUACAAUAGCACCGAGCAGCGUCCUAUCUCUACCCGUGUCGAUCCAGAUGUUCUUGCUGAUCAAGAGACUCCGCCAGCGCCUUUCCCGAAGGGUGAUGAGUCCCUUUCUACUCCCCCCUUCAAGCCACGUUCCGAUUCACUCAAGCAGCUUCAGCAUAUCCCCAAACACCAAUGCAUCAACAACGGCCACAUCUUCCACCCUGUCGACUUGAAGACUAUCCCAGACAGUGCAGUCAUCAACAGUCUGGGAGUCCGGCCUUACCUGCAGACCUACACGGGCAUCAAGCAGCAUGUCAAGAUCCCGGUAGUGUGCGAGAAGUGUUGCGAGGACUGCGAUGAGAACGUAUGGGAGUGUGAGAUUUCUGUAUGCCGCAUGGCUGUCUGCCAGAAUUGCGCGGAGGAUAUGGAGGCUGAGUGGCAGGAGAGGGCUGUCAAUGGAUGGAAGUACAAGUGA